AUGCUGCUUUCACUGCUGAUUUACUCGAUACCUGCGAUCCUUGCCUUUUCUCUUUGGAAGAACUAUUUCUCCUUGAGAUACAUUCCCGGACCAUUCGCCGCUCGACUCACAGAUUUAUAUCGUGCUCUACUGGUCUACAAGCGCGAUCCGCACGAAGUCCAUCUCACACUGCACAAGCGCUAUGGCAACGUCGUCCGGCUGGGCCCCAAUUGCGUUUCCGUCACUGGAUCCUCAGCCUACAUCCCGCAAAUCUACGGCAUCGGCAAAGGCCUAGUCAAGUCGGACUUUUACAGUGUGUUUCAGAACAUUGUGAACGGCCGUAGGGCAGCCAGUCUAGUGGCGGAGACCGACGAGAGCGCACACGCGAAGUCAAAACGGCUAAUUGCACAUGCUUACUCGCUUAGCACGCUAGUCGAGUACGAGAGUCUAGUUGAUCGGACAACGGAGGUCUUUCUGGACAUACUCGAGUCGCGGUUCGCAGUUAGCAGCAAGUCGCCUGGCAAGCUACUCGAUCUCGGACGUUAUCUCCAGUUCUACGCAUUCGAUGUCAUCGGCCAACUCACUUUCAGUCGGCGGCUGGGUUUCAUCGAGUCCGGCACAGACGUGGAUGGUAUCAUCGAAGCUAUUGGAGCAAACUUCUCCUAUUUCAGUGUGCUAGGACAAAUCCCAUGGCUCGACGAGGCUGUUUUGGGCAAGAAUCCAAUUUAUGUGAAGUAUUUCCGUAAGAGCGUGAGCUCGCCCAUUCUGAUCUUUGCGCAAGGACUGCUCAAAGAGCGAUUGAAAGACCUCGCGCAAAGUGGCGGAGAAGAGAAAGAGAACGCUCUUAACAGGCCGGACUUCCUCAGCAGAUUCCUUAAAGUCAGGAAGGAGUUGGCAGAUGGAGAUGAAGCCUUAACGGAUGCACAGAUUCUAUCAUAUCUCUUUAUGAACAUCAACGCCGGAAGCGACACUAUUGCAUCUACACUCCGAGCAAUCUUCUACCACCUUCUCAAAACCCCCGAAUCUCUUGCUCAACUCGUAGAAGAGCUUGACUCUGUCGCGAGGCAGAGAAAAAUCUCUAGACCCUGUCCUACAUGGACUGAAACACAGCACAAUCUCCCAUACCUCUGCGCUGUCAUCAAGGAGGGAAUGAGGAUGAACCCCGCGCUUUCGCUACCGCUCGAACGUGUCGUACCGAAGGAUGGAUUGGUUUUGCAGCACGAAGACGGAACCCAUACGUAUUUCCCGCCCGGGACUAUCCUAGGUAUAAAUCCAUGGGUCUUCCAUAGAUGUCCCCAUGUGUUUGGACCUGAUGCCGAGAGAUGGAAUCCGAGCCGAUGGCUGGGUGAGAAAGAGAAAGAGACGAAGAGCAUGGAACACAGCAUCUUGUCUUUCGGGGCGGGUAAGAGAUCAUGUCUGGGCAAGAACAUCGCUCUACUGGAGUUGCACAAGCUGGUUCCAGCCUUGCUCUUGAAAUUCAAGAUCGAAUUGGCCAAUCCCAGAAAAGAAUGGACGGUGGAGAAUGUUUGGGCGUUGAAUCAGACAGGCAUCGAAGUCAAUUUGACAGUGCGAUAA